CCAGCGCCGGCCACGUGACGGAGCGCCUUCCAAGAUGGCGGACAACCUGCCCUCCGAGUUCGAUGUGGUGGUGAUAGGGACCGGUUUGCCUGAAUCUAUUAUUGCAGCGGCAUGUGCCAGAAGUGGCCAGAGAGUUCUCCAUGUUGAUUCGAGAAAUUACUAUGGUGGAAACUGGGCCAGCUUCAGUUUUUCAGGAUUAUUGUCCUGGAUUAAAGAAAAUCAGCAAAAGACAGAUAUCGAUGAAUGUGAAGACUGGAGAAAACUGAUCCUUGAGAAUGAAGAAGUUAUUUCUCUUAGCAAGAAAGAUAAAACUAUUCAAUAUGUAGAAGAUUUCUGUUUUGGCGAUCAGGAUUCUGCUGAAGAUGUUGAAGAAGCUGGUGCCUUGCCAAAGCUGCCUGUCUUUGGAGCUUCUGGUGCUGAGGGGGCUGCUCAGGCGUUGGAAAAAGAGUGUCCCCCAGCGGAGGGGGCCUUCCUGGGGGCAGAGGAGGCUGGAGGCUCUGAGCCAGCAAGUGCAACGGAAGGGAAUGAUGCAGAAGUAACCUCUGAGAAUGACAGUUCUCAAAAUACGGCUCUAGACGAGUCCUCUCUGGAAUUGGGAAAAACUGAAGCCGCACCCUCGGAAAUUCCUGCUCAAGAACCAAAGAAAGUUACAUAUUGCCAAAUUGUCAGAGAAGGCAGAAGGUUUAAUAUUGAUUUAGUUUCCAAGUUGCUUUACUCCCGAGGUCUGUUAAUUGACCUUCUGAUUAAGUCAAACGUUAGCCGAUACGCAGAGUUUAAAAAUGCGACACGAAUUCUUGCCUUUCGAGAUGGAAAAGUAGAGCAGGUACCUUGUUCUAGAGCAGAUGUCUUCAACAGCAGACAGCUCACUAUGGUGGAAAAGAGAAUGCUAAUGAAAUUUUUGACAUUUUGUUUGGACUAUGAACAACACCCUGAUGAAUACCAAGACUACGAGAACAGUACCUUUGCUCAGUUCUUAAGUACACGGAAAUUAACACCCAGCUUGCAGCACUUCAUUCUUCACUCCAUUGCAAUGGUUUCAGAGACUGAUUGCAGCACUCUUGAAGGUCUUCAGGCAACAAAAAAAUUUCUUCAGUGCCUUGGCCGCUAUGGCAAUACACCAUUUUUGUUUCCUCUCUAUGGUCAAGGAGAGAUCCCACAGUGCUUCUGCAGGUUGUGUGCUGUAUUUGGUGGUGUCUAUUGUCUACGCCAUCCUGUGCAGUGCCUUGUAGUGGACAAAGAAUCUGGACGUUGCAAAGCUGUUGUGGAUCAUUUUGGACAAAGAAUAAGUGCUAAUUAUUUUAUUGUGGAAGAUAGUUACCUUUCAGAGAGUGUAUGCACAAAUGUGCGUUACAGGCAGAUCUCCAGAGCAGUGCUCAUUACAGAUCAAUCUGUACUAAACACAGAUUCAGAGCAGCAGGUUUCCAUUUUGAUGAUGCCUCCAGUGGAUGUAGGAAAACCAGCAGUUUGUGUAAUUGAGUUGUGUUCCUCAACCAUGACAUGCAUGAAGGACACUUAUUUAGUCCAUUUAACCUGUCCAUCAACUAAAACUGCUAGGGAAGAUUUAGAGCCUGUUGUACAGAAGUUAUUCAAUCUAAAUACAGAAAAAGAGACUGAAAAUGAAGAACUGGAAAAACCUAGAGUCCUCUGGGCAGUCUACUUCAACAUGAGAGAUUCUUCAGGAAUUGACAGAAAUUCAUAUGUUGGCUUACCCCCAAAUGUUUAUGUCUGUUCUGGACCAGACCCUGCUCUGGGAAAUGACUGUGCUGUCAAACAGGCUGAGACUAUUUUCCAAGAAAUGUUUCCUACAGAGGAAUUUUGCCCACCACCACCAAAUCCAGAAGAUAUUAUCUAUGAUGAAGAUGAGAUUGCGCCAGAAGAGACUGGAUUCAGUAAUUCACCAGAGACAAAACCUGAAUCCUCAAGUGAGGAAAGCAGUAGCGGAGGGACUACUGCUGUUAAGAAAGAAGAUAAUGAAAAAUGAAUAACACUGUUCUCUUAGCAGAAGAGGAAGUUGGCCCAAACUAAAAUGUAAGGCAGGAAGGGUAAGAAAAAGAAGUUAAAAAAACUCAUAGCCAUAUUGCAAUUGCAUUGCUUUCUUUAGCUUGAAUAAUCUUUCUUUGUCAAAUAGUUUCAUUGACAUAGGCCCAUGAGAUGCAAGGGUGUUUGUAGCUGAACAAAAGAUACAGGAAAAAAGCAUUGAUUUAAAAAUGCUUAAAUAUGAUUCAUGAUUUGUUGAGAGGGUUUGAUUUUCUUUUACAGCUUGGAAGGAAUCCUCCAUCUUUUAAACAGGUAACAAGUGGAAGCUAAUCAAAAGAAAAAAUCAUAGAAUUGUCGAGGUUGGUAGGGACCUUUAAGAUCAUGUAGUCCAACCAUCAGCCUAACUGAUUAAAAAAAAUAUCAUUAAACCAUGUCGCUAACCACUAUGUCAACC